UUCCAAAACCACACAUCCCACCUUCUGGUGUCUUCUCGUGUCGCCGUCUACUCUUCCAACCGGCUACCCAACAACUGCACGUCGCUCGCUGCUCCUCCGCAACCUCUCUCUAUCUCUGUAUCCGUCACGUCGAGCAUCAUCGGAGCGGGGAGAGAGGCGGAGGAGUAGGAGGAAGAGAUCCGCCCGGGAGUUUGUAUCUCGUCGAGCGAUCUUUCACGGGCCGCGAUGCAGACUGGUUCAUGGAAGGCAUCGCCUCAGGAUCUCGUUUCGGCCAUCGUCACCUUCCUCGGAGGCGACGGCCUUGCCUCGGGAGCGGACGCCGCGGCUGCGAUCGCAGAAAACCAGCGGCUUCUCGCGAUCCUGACUACUUCCGUCGCCGUGUUCGUCGGAUGCGCCGUGAUCUUCUUCUUUAGGAGAUUUGGCGGGAAGAAUCCGGCCGAGCCUCCGAAGCCACUGGCGGUGAAACUGCAGCGUGAGGCGGAGGAUGACGACGGGAAGAAGAAGGUCACCGUCUUCUUCGGCACGCAGACCGGGACAGCCGAGGGGUUCGCUAAGGCGCUGGCCGACGAGGCGAAGGCACGGUACCCUAAUGCCAUAUUCAAAGUUGUGGAUAUCGACGAAUAUGCUACUGAGGAUGAUGAGUACGAGGAGAAACUGAAAAAAGAGACCUUGGUUUUGUUCUUCUUGGCCACGUAUGGAGACGGGGAGCCGACUGAUAAUGCUGCUCAGUUCUACAAAUGGCUUACAGAGGGGAAAGAGAGAGAAACUUGGUUAGAACAUCUGCAAUUUGCUGUGUUUGGCUUGGGCAAUCGGCAAUAUGAGCAUUUCAAUAAGGUUGCCAAGGUGGUCGAUGAAUUGCUUGCAGACCAAGGUGGCAAGCGCAUUGUCCAAGUGGGAUCGGGAGAUGAUGAUCAGUGUAUUGAAGAUGACUUCUCUGCAUGGAAGGAACUCCUUUGGCCAGAGUUGGAUAAGUUGCUUCAGGAUGAAAAUGAUGUAGGUGCAUCUACUCCAUAUACCGCUGCUAUUCCUGAAUAUCGGAUUGUUUUUAUCAAACCCGAAGAAGUUUCAUUCCCGGAUAAAAGUUUUAGUUUUGCAAAUGGCCAUGCUGUUUAUGAUAUACAACAUCCAUGCAGGGCUGAUGUGGCUGUGCGACGAGAACUCCAUACUUCAGCUUCAGAUCGAUCCUGCAUCCAUUUGGAGUUUGACAUUGCUGGCACAAGCUUGACGUACGAAACAGGGGAUCAUGUUGGUGUAUUCGCAGAGAAUUGUACAGAGAUAGUAGAGGAGGCUGCGAAGCUAUUAGGUCAUUCACCCGACACAUAUUUUUCUAUCCAUGCUGACAAGGAGGAUGGUACACCACUUGGAGGCUCUUUAUCACUUCCUUUCCCAUCGCCAUGCACUCUAAAAUCUGCUCUUACCCAAUACGCUGAUCUUCUAAAUUCACCAAAAAAGAGUGCUUUACUUGCUCUGGCUGCACACGCAUCAGAUCCUAGUGACGCGGAGCGACUUAGAUUUUUGGCUUCACCUGCUGGAAAGGAUGAAUAUUCUCAAUGGGUCAUCGCUAGUCAGAGGAGUCUUCUUGAAGUUAUGACUGAAUUUCCAUCUGUAAAGCCUCCACUAGGAGUGUUCUUUGCUGCAGUAGCCCCACGCUUGCAGCCAAGAUAUUACUCAAUUUCCUCAUCGCCAAGGAUGGCACCAACUAGAAUACACGUGACGUGUGCAUUAGUUUAUGAAAAGACACCAACUGGAAGGAUCCAUAAAGGGGUUUGCUCCACUUGGAUGAAGAAUUCCAUUCCUCUGGAAGAGAACCAACAAUGCAGUUGGGCUCCUAUAUUUGUCAGGCAGUCAAACUUUAAACUGCCUACGGAUCCUUCCGUUCCUAUCAUCAUGAUUGGACCUGGCACAGGGUUGGCGCCUUUCCGGGGCUUCUUACAGGAAAGGUUGGCAUUGAAAAAGGAGGGAGUGGAACUUGGUCAUGCUAUUCUCUUCUUUGGAUGCAGGAACCGUAAAAUGGACUUCAUCUAUGAGGGUGAGUUGAACAAUUUUAUCGAAACAUGCGCACUUUCUGAGCUGAUCGUGGCCUUCUCCCGUGACGGUCCAACCAAGCAAUACGUGCAACAUAAAAUGACAGAGAAAGCAUCUGAACUUUGGAACAUCAUCUCUCAAGGUGGAUAUAUUUACGUCUGCGGUGAUGCCAAGGGCAUGGCCAGAGAUGUCCAUAGAGUUCUUCAUACUAUAGUUCAGGAGCAGGGGUCUAUGGAUAGCUCCAAGACAGAGAGCUUCGUGAAGAGCUUGCAAAUGGAAGGUAGAUAUUUAAGAGAUGUGUGGUGAGCUCUUUCCCCAUGCUUCCCCUCAAACAACUUCUCUUCGGUAAUACUCUUUUCGACAACAACUUGAUUGAAAACUCCAGAAUCCCCAAGUUAAUAAGGUUCUAGGGAACGUGAUCUGCAUUGCCCUUCAAUCACAUUAUUAUUCUUUUAGCCAUCUGGGCAGAGUUUUUUGUUCCUUAUAUAUAUAUAUAUAUAUAUAUAUAUAUAUAUAUAUUACAAAUCACUGUAGUGAUUAUGAAUUAUAGGUGUGAAGCCUUAGGGAGAUCAUAAUUAAUAUACCCAAGUCUGGUGUGAUUGGACUGUGAGCUUCCUUCAUGUUAGACUAGUACCUCAACCCAAACUCAUACUUCUUUACUUUUAUCUGUUGAAAGAGUUUUAAAUAUACUCCUCCUAUGAGCUGCUUUGUUAAUUA